AUGAUUGCCACGGAAACUAUAGUACCUAGUGCUAAAUUGAAGAUCAAGUUCUCAACAAACAGGAUGGAGGUUGAUUCUGGGAUUAAACGUGAGUUUGGACGGGAAGUGUCUCACACUGAUGAAAGAAGGCGUUGUAAUUCGAAUGGAAAAUCCUCUGGGCUGAAUUCCAACAAGAGAGGAUCCACAGAUAGUAUUGAGGGCCAAAAGGUGAAAAGACAGAGGGUUGAUCGGAAAGGGUCGGUGCUGUGUGCUACGUUACUGAAGAGUUUAAUGUCUCAUCCAUAUAGUUGGGUGUUUAGCAAGCCAGUAGACCCAGUAGCUUUGAAUAUUCCAGAUUAUUUUACUAUCAUAUCUCAUCCAAUGGAUUUCGGCACAAUUAAAACUAAGCUGGAGAAGAACAAAUAUUCGGGCAUUGAGGAAUUUUCUGCCGAUGUCAGACUGACCUUCUCAAAUGCAAUGACAUACAAUCCUCCCAGUAAUGAUGUUCAUUUGAUGGCAAAGGAACUGUGCAAAAUAUUUGACAAAAAAUUGAAAGAAUUGGGUAGGAAAUUCAAGUGUGAAGAUGAGCAAGGUAAAAGUGUGACUGAAACAAUCGAGGAAACUAGUAGAAGAAGUUUUGACACAAUUCAUUCCCGACAUAAGGAUUCCUGGCCCAGAAAGACACACGUAUCUGAAAACAAAGGAAAUCAUAAGAUUAGAUCAUCGGCAUCCAAAUAUGCUAAAGUGGAGGCACCUAAGUUAACGCAGAUUCCUUGCAAGUUUAUCGAGAAAGAUUUGCACAAAGGCAGCAAAUGUAACCCUGAUAGAGAACAACCUGCUGGCUCUCUAAAGGCCUGUUCUACAGUGUGUCUUGUCACACACAAGUGUACCAUUUGUGGUGAUACCAACUGCCAUUGUGUAAUUCAUAGCAAUUCAACACAAGUGUCAUCAGAUAUAUCAUCUGAAGGAUGUGAAGGAAGGGACCUAAUUGCAUGUGGUGCUGAUACUUUGAGACAGGCUCUUCGUGCAGCUAUGCUUAAAAGCCGCUUUGCAGAUACCAUAUUGAAAGCACAACAAAAGACCCUUCUCGAGCAUGGUGGUAAACGUAAUCCUCAAAAAUUGCAGCUGGAAAAGGAGAGGUUGGAAAGGAUUCAGCGUGAAGAAAGGGCUAGAAUCGAAGCCCAAAUUAAAAUUGCUGAAGCUGCUGCAAGAAUGAGGGCCGAGGAAGAGUCAAGGCAACGAAGAGAAAAGGAAAGAGAAGCAGCACGAGCUGCAAUAGAGAAGAUUGAAAGAACCGUUGAUAUAGAACAUAAUAUGGAGAUUAUUAGAGAACUGGAACGUUUGAGUGGAUGCACGCUGUCUUAUAAGGCGGUAGGUGGCAGAAAUGGGUACAAAGUUGCAUUGGACACAUUGGAUAAACCACAGUUCGAGAAUCCAUUGGAGCGGCUUGGUUUAUUUAUGAAGGAAGAGUAUACCAUAGAAGAUGAGGAGUUUUUAAACGGAGCCAGGGAAGAAGGGGAAAUUUUUAACUGA